CUGGAGUAUUGAAGUAUUAAAUCUGCUGCCCGAUAAAGGAGCGUUUGGCGUCACCUAUCGGUCGAAUACGGCACGUCGAUAGUUUGCGUCGUUGCUAGGAAACGAUUCUUGAAAACACAACGAUAAACUACGGCGUUCGUAAAUGUCUGGCAGGCCUAAUAUCAUCGAGCCGUUUAUGUUUUACUCCUGAACGUCUCUGAAACAACAAAAUGUCUAACGCCCUGUUAGCAGAAGUUGGUUGGGACGCGGGUUUUGCCAUCCCUGUGGCUAAUGAAGAGAAUAAAGCAUUGGAGGAGGAGCUUCAAAAGAAUCAAAAAGAGCAAUUAAACCUGGAGAACAAAAUAAAUAAAAACAAGGAUGUGAUAAAUGCUCUGACUGAGCACCUCAGAAAUCUAAGACAGGAGGUUUCCCACACUCAGGCCUUGUGCAAAGCCAGAGAAAAGGAGACUGAAUCAGAGGUGCAUUUCAGAGCACUGGCGGAGCGCGAGACAGGCCGCCUGAAGCAAGAGGUCACUCAGCUGGAGAAUCAACUGAAAACACUGAAUGAGAAGAAGAACGUGCAAGAGAACAACAUCUUUAAAGCCACCCAGAAGCUUGAUGAGCUGAAGAGUCAGCUGAACUGGGAUCAGCAGACCCUGGAAGACUGGCUGCAGGAAUCAGCACACAAGGAUGAAGACACCAUGGCCAUCAUCAAGUACGCCAAGCAAGACGAAAGCAAGAUUCGAGAGUUGACUCUGAACAUUGAGAAAUUGACUCUUGAAGCCAACCAGAAGAGAAAAGUCUUGGACAGUGAAGUCACCGAGACUGUUACAGCACAGGUUGCUCUUGACAAGACAGCCGAGAGCUUUGGUCAGGCUCACACUGAGAGACAAGAGAUGAUCAGCCAGUGGGAGAACACCAUUGAACAAAUGAGAAAAAGAGACCAGGAGAUACAGCAGUGUGCCAUGAUGCAGGCAGAGGUGAACCAAGUAAUAAGAGAGAAGAAUUAUUUGCUCAAGGAGAGGAAGGACUUCAUGGAGCGUGAGAUAGAGAACAAUAAAGAGCUGGAGAGGAAUAUAAGUGCGGCUGAACGUCAGGUGCUUCGACUCAGGCAGCAGCUCCAGGAAGAGGAGAGGAACCAAAGACGUCUGCAGGACGAGGUGGAAGUGCUGAAGGGAACUUUAGACCGAAUAGCUACAGAUGUGGAGACCAACCGAUAUCAGUUAACCAGCAUGAAAAAGGACAUUCAGGACAAAACAGCAAAAGUUAAAGAGGCAACACUGCAUAAUGCUGCUCUGAAGGAGAAACUGGGGAUGGUGACAGAGGUGGUGCUGGAUGGUGAAGAACAAGCAGCACAGAUGGAGCAACUGCGCAGAGAACAGGAACAGAGCAUCAAAGAGAUCGAUGCUCAGCUGCUCCGGCAGAGAGAGCUCAUGUUCAGAAAGAGUCAGGAGUUGCAGGGACUGCUUGAUAAAGAGAAGAACACCACAGCUGAGAUCUGUGCCACCCGGGCUGCUAUCUCCAACCUCGAAGGCAGACUCAGCAAACUGGACCAGAACUUGCUCAAACGGCAGAUGAUCAUUUCCAACCAGGACUUUCAGAUCCAGAUGCUGGAGAGGAAGACUUCACACUUGCAGGGGAAGGUGAACACAGAAGAAAAGGAAGCUCUGGAGAAGAAGGCCUCUGAUCUGGCUGAAGCUCUAGAGGAGAAGAAGAGGACAGCCACCACCCUCACCAUCCAGCUGAAGAAACUCCAGGAUGAUAUCCGCUGCGUUAGGAAAGACACAGAGAAGAUCGGAGCAGAAAAGAGAGAACUGGCCUCCAAGAUCCAGGAGAUGGAACUCUUCAUUGAUAACUCUGAGAAAGACCAGAAAAAACUCAGGCUCAAAAAACAGGAGAGCAUGGUGGAGAAAGGUCUCCUGAAGAUGGAGCUGCAGCGGCUGAGAGAUCUGCUGUAUGACCGAGCAGAUGGAGUGCUGAGCCUGGAGAAGAGACGUCUGCAGCUGCAAGCGGCCAUGAAAGAGAGAGAAGAGGAGAUCCACGCGCACAGAGAGAUGCUCGCUAAACAGGCCAAGCUCACUGAACAGGAGAGACAAGGGCUCAGUGCUGCGGUGAAUGAGAGACUGUUCAAAAUUGACAAGAUGAGGAAGAGGUACGAGAACCUUAUUGUUUCUCUGGCUGCAUCAGAGGGAGAAGAGGAGAAAUCCCAGACCUACUUUAUUAUAAAGGCAGCUCAAGAGAAAGAAGAACUCCAGCGGCAAGGGGAUGAUUUGGACGCCAAAAUCCGCAAGACAGAGAAAGAGAUCCACGCACUGGAGAACACCCUGCAGGUUGUCAACAACUGCAGUACAACCUAUCGCAAAUCCCUGACCAAAGUCACAGAGUCCAGUCCUGCGCACCAGGAGAAACUGAAGCUGGAGGAGCAGAGACGAGCAGCCGAGGAGAAAUACAAAUAUAAAAAACGACAAAUCCCAGAACUGCAGGAGGACAUUGACAGCAUGUCCCGCACAUUGGAUGGUCUUCUUCAAGAGGAAGCAGUCCAGAAGGAGACCAUCGAGAGGACUCAAGCACAUGUGCUCUCGCUCAACAAUUACAUCCUCUCUAAAGAGGAGAAACUCAAUAGAGCCAUUAAACAGUGUGCCAAAUAUACCAGGGAAAUUCGAUCUGCUAAAAACAGCGAAGAGAAGACCUUUGAGGAACGCGACAUAGAGCUACGUGAACUCAGAGACGUCAAUAAAAGCGUAAAUAAGAUGCUCCUUGAAGCCAUGGAGGAGAAUCCUGACCUUUCAUCUGCAUUGCAGAUACGUUUUAUGCAGGCUGGUCUGUCCCUGCCCUCUCCUGCUUCCACUCCAUCCAGUCGUCUGAGCUCAAAGAUCAGCUCAGCACGCAGUUCUGCUUCACUCCAUCGACACAUCAGAUCCUCAAAUCCCUCAGCCAGCAGCAGUCCCAGAAGCCAGUCUGUCACGUCCCCCGCAGUGAAGACAGUGGAUCUGGGUUUGGGUCUCUCCGUCACGUCCCCGCAAGGGCAAGGGCAGCAGCAGCAAGUUCAAAAGCCCUUAGACAGAUCUCACGCCAAUCUCAAUGAAGAAAAGUGAAGCUAUUAGUUUGAAUUAUACCAAUACCACCAUUCCUGUUAUUCCAACUCAAUGUUUAAUUUAUUCAAUUCAGUGUUUUUUAAAUGGUGUUGGUUGUUUAAAAUUCACUUUUAUGUUUUAAUUUCCUAGAAGUUAGUUUCAAGGAGAAGUACUAUAGACCUGUAAACACAGCAGACACAGGUCUCGUUUAAUUUCAUUACUUACUUGAGAUAUAUUACGUGGCAGCAACAAGAAAGAAACAAUAAAACCCUACAUUUGUGAAAUGCUUUGGCCCGU